GUCACAUCUCGCAUUGACCGAAUAUAUUUAUUUGUGUUUUCGUGCAGUGCCGGUAUCAGUUUUCAUUCGAACUUCAAAACAAUAACUAUUACGAAAUAACUAGAGCGAACUUGUUAUAAAUUAUGAAUAUCAGACACGUUCAAAACAUAUCGCAGCAGGCAUUAAGGUGCUACAGAGCCGUCAACGUAACCAGAAACUUUGCCACAGUUCAGUUGAAUCAGUGUCGUCGCUACUGCGUUGUCCUUUUGCCAUUGGUGCCGCUUGUCAGCAGUGUGCAUUGCAGUGCUGCGGAUAUCGCAACGAAGUCACAAUACUCUACAGCAGCUGCCCUCGACAUGUCUAGCGGAGAUUACAAGAACGCCUCGUCCAUCUACGAGUUCAGCGUGAAGGACACACACGGCAACGAUGUCUCGUUGGAGAAGUACAAGGGCAAAGUCGUCUUGGUGGUCAACAUUGCCUCCAAGUGCGGCCUGACCAAGAACAACUAUCAGAAAUUGACCGAUCUGAAGGAGAAGUACGGUGAACGCGGUCUGACCAUUCUCAACUUCCCUUGCAAUCAGUUUGGCUCUCAAAUGCCCGAGGCUGAUGGUGAGGCAAUGGUCUGCCAUCUGCGCGACUCGAAGGCCGACAUUGGCGAGGUCUUUGCCAAGAUUGAUGUUAAUGGUGAUGAUGCUGCUCCGCUUUACAAGUACCUGAAGGCUAAGCAGACCGGCACCUUGGGCAGCGGUAUUAAGUGGAACUUUACCAAGUUCCUGGUGAACAAGGAAGGCAUCCCAGUUAAUCGCUAUGCACCCACCACCGAUCCUAUGGACAUUUCCAAGGAUAUUGAGAAAUUGCUGUAGAUCUCUAGCUUCUAAGCAUUAUACGACUUUCAUUAUAUAGCUUUCGUCAUGUCGUCGUUUUCGACUUUAGCUUACAACUUACAACUUAGUUCUGUAGCUGGUACAAAUUGUACCCGUAUUUAUGGUGUUAGAUGCCUUUUUGUCAUGGAUCACACAGUUAAUCUUUAAAUAAACUUUGCUAAACACUACAUCAAA